AUGGGUAUCCGCCUAGUGGCACCUGAUGCAAUUAGAUCUACGGAUCGUUUUCCUACAUUAGAUGCGACCUUUUUUGGGGAAUCGACGGAGGUAAACGGUGAUCUGGCCUUUUCGGAACAGCCAUACAUCUACGAAGCUCUUAAGUUGCCCCAGCCAACCCCGUCAGAGCCAGUAGCAGCACCAGCGACUACACCGGAAACGAUACCAGCGGUAACAGCGAGUGAUGCGACAGCUACUGAACAGACCGCCGUCGUCACCCCGGCUGUCACACAGACCCCGACUCCGAUCCCAGUAACAACUUCAGCUACACUGGACACGUUCGCCGACGCAAAGAGCAAAUGGAUAGGCGAAAGCCGUGUGAUCGACCCAGCCAAGGCUCUUCGUAUUUUCGCAGAUGCGGUGGCGGACAAGCUAGCAUUUGGAGCUGAACACUCUUCGGGAAUGCAACUCAAUUCGGGUUGGGCGGAUCUCGAGCCUCUUGCAAAGCCACCUUUGCAGUAUAUCAAGAAUAUGGAGGAAUACUACCUCCAGGCUCCACAGGUACUCUUCGCAAGUGCGUGA